GUUCAAGCGCACUGCUUAGUUUCAGGGUCACUCGGGCAACUGUUUUAUAUCUAGUCCAAUUUACUUGUAAAUUUAUACUUAUACUAUCCUGUCAGUUUGAGUGAAUAUUUCACUUAGUUGUCAGUUUUUAUAUCUUACUUUUCAAAACAUUUAUAAGAUUUAUUUUCAACUAUUCUAAUAUUUACUUGGAAGGACAGCUUGCAAAAUACUUCAAAUCGAAUUACAUUGAACCUGAAGGGUUCGCAGUCGACCAUCAUCAGACAUUGCGCUUGCCCGGCCAAUAUCUGUCACACCAUGAGUCAUUUAGAGUGUAAGUACCAUCCAUAUGCAGUUCUUAUUGAAGAUUCUCAUGCUGGGGAUAUGGUUUGCUCAAUGUGUGGACUGGUUGUUGCUGAUAGAGUAAUUGAUGUUGGAUCUGAAUGGCGUACGUUUUCUAAUGAUGCCAACGCAAAGGAUAUGUGUCGAGUAGGAGCUAGUGAAAACUUCUUAUUAGAUGGGGGUGACCUUUCAACUAUGAUCAGUGGCCCAUCACCUUCUGACUCGCGACAACUCGACGAACAUGGGAAGCCCAUGUAUCGGAACCGCCGCAAUAUAUCUGCACCUGAUAGAGUACUUCUGAGUGCAUUCAGAGAAAUUAGUCAAAUGGGUGAGCAUCUUAAUCUUCCCAAAAGCAUAUCAGAUCAUGCUAACUUACUGUUCAAACAAGUUCAUGAGACUAAAAAUCUUCGAGGUCGCAGUAAUGAUGCUGUCUCAACUGCAUGUCUCUACAUGGCCUGUCGUCAAGAAGGUGUACCUCGAACUUUCAAAGAAGUAUGCGCUGUGUCACGUGUUUCAAAAAAAGAAAUUGGCAAAGUUUUUAAAAAGAUUUUAAAAAUAUUAGAAACAAAUGUACAAUCAGUUACAGUGGAAGAUUUCAUGUCUCGAUUCUGUGGUAAUCUUAAUUUGAAUAUUGCUGUCCAACGAGUUGCAAAUGUUGUUGCAAGACGAGCUCUUAAUUUGAAUUUGGUUGCUGGUCGUAGUCCAGUUUCUGUAGCUGCAGCAGCUAUUUAUAUGGCAGCCUAUGCAUUAGGUUAUCGUAAAGAAAAACGAGAAAUUGGUGAUGUGGCCGGAUGCGCUGAAGCUACAAUCACAUGUACUUAUCGUGCAAUGCAUUCAAGAGCUAAUGAAUUAUUUCCUGAAGAUGUUAGACUUGCUAUUAGACCAGAUGAAUUACCAUUGUGAUUUUUUCUUUUUUAAGAAUAAAAAUUGAUCAAUUUGUGUACAAAAUAACGUAAAUAAUACACAGAAUAUUUCAAGUCAGUCACUUGUUCGUACUUAGCAGAUGAAAUGUUAUUAUUUCUCUUAGGUAUUUGUUUCGACUGAACAAGGUUCUUGUGUGUGUGUGUGUGUGUCAUGUUUGAAAGUUGUGUUUAAUCAGUUUUUGGAGACUACUGUGUAUAAAUUCAGGUCACAAUCCAAUAAUAGAAUAAUAUGAUGCAAACUUGUUCAUCAUUUGUUUAAUACAUUUUCUGUAAAAUAUUACCUCUUCAUUGUUGACCUAA